CACGUGUAGGGAAUCCGUAUUCCCUGCUGUAGCGACUCUGUUUCGUGACACCCUUUUAUCUGCCUCCAGUUGUUACAGUUUGCUCUCACGGCUUAUUUAUUUAGGUGUCCCAAACCCUUCACCGAAGAAUGAGCGACAACGACGAUAUUGAAGUCGACAGCGAUGCAGACAAGCGAGCACAUCACAACGCGCUGGAACGCAAACGCAGGGACCACAUUAAAGACAGCUUUCACAGUUUACGAGAUUCUGUGCCUGCACUGCAAGGGGAAAAGAAUUCUGUCAAACAGGCUUCCCGAGCACAGAUUCUAGAUAAAGCCACAGAGUAUAUCCAGUAUAUGAGGCGAAAAAACCACACCCACCAGCAAGACAUUGACGACCUAAAGAAGCAGAAUGCACUGCUGGAGCAGCAGGUUCGUGCACUGGAGAAAGCCAAGGGGAACACUCAGCUCCAAGCCAACUACUCCUCUGACAGCAGCUUGUACACCAACCGCAAGGGAAGCACAGUCUCUGCCUUUGACGGUGGCUCUGACUCCAGCUCCGAAUCAGAGCCAGAAGAGUUACCCAAUAGAAAGAAGCUGCGCGUGGAGCCGAGCUAGACUCGGCUUCCCCCAACACUCCCACCAGAGACUUUUCUUUUGUCCACCAGCUCCCCCUCCUCCUACCUGUCCACACUCAAUCCAGCCUUUUUAAGACAGGCAAGGAUUUGAAGAGGAGACCAUGUGAGAGAGGUGCAGUUACAUAUUAAAAGCUUCUACCUUUCUCUCUCCUGGCCAACAUCCCGUCACUUAUUUGUGGCUCAGCAACAACUCUCAAGACCCCUGAAGUGAGGCAGCUCUGCAGUUUUGAAGGACUUAAUGCUUUUAGAAACCUCAUAAUAACUGUUCAUAAUCAAAUGUGGAGUCAAGGUGCAAAGCUUUAGUAAAGCAACAGCAAAUGCCCUUUUUUCUAUUUUGUUUUGGACAACGUCUUCAAACCUGGUUGGAACAGUUUUGAGACUUGCAGUUUUAUGAGAAAUUGUCCGUAGGAAUAGCUUAUCUUUUUGAUAUUUGUACUUUUCCAGAAGAGAAUGUGAAUUUGCUUUGGAAAAAAACAUUAUUUCAUGCAAGAUGCACCCCCCUCCUGAAUCAGUGCAGAUGACUGGUUUGUCGUCUCUUAAAUGUUUCAACAAACGAAUUCCUAUAUUUAAAUCAAUAUGAAAGUUGUUUAUCCUUUUUUUUUUUGUCGUUUUGCUGAAGAAUUUUCUACUGAUUCAUGUGAGUGGACAGUUGUAUUUCUCAGCAGGUUCAGCUAUUUGUCUUCAGCUAUUUCCUUUAUUCUCCAAAUACAAUGUGGGUUUAAGAAUAAAAAUCCCCAAGUAGAUACUGAAUGUUAUGUAAUGCAGUCAAAAGGCAGUGACCUUUUUUUUUUUUAUUGGAAGAAGUCUAUAUCAGUGUGUAGUACUUAACACUGUAUACUCUUUAUUGUUGUCAAUUCUGCAAAGAAAAAAACCUUCCCUGAAAUGUUUGCCCGUGUUGGGAAUGUUUGGUUGAUGUUUUUUUCUUCAGUUCCUUUUUUUUUUUUUUUUUUUUGCAGAGGCAAAUUAGUGUGUACGAAAUUUAUUUGUUUAUUCCAUUCCAUGGAAAUUACAGGUAUGUUGUACAUACUGCCAACAAUUGUCUUGCAAGUUGAGGCGUACCUUUACUAUGAGACUAUAAAUAAAACUAUU